AUGAGACUAAAAAAUGUUUUACCAGAUAUUAUUACAGAGAAUCAGAGUGCUUUUGUUCCAGGAAGGUUGAUCACUGAUAAUGCGCUCAUUGCGAUGGUGAUUUUUCAUACUAUGAAGAAGAGAAGUAAGGCUCAACGAGGUGUAAUUGCUAUGAAACUUGACAUGAGCAAGGCCUAUGAUAGGGUCGAAUGGGGUUUCUUGAGGAAGAUACUUCUCACUAUGGGGUUUGAUGGCCGGUGGGUGAACUUGAUUAUGGAAUGUGUCUCGACGGUCUCUUAUUCCUUUGUCAUCAACGGGGGUGUAAGUGGAUCAGUUUCACCUUCUAGAGGUCUCCGUCAAGGAGACCCCCUCUCUCCGUACCUUUUUAUACUAGUUGCUGAUGCAUUUUCCAGGAUGUUCCAGCACAAAGUACAUGAAAGGAAGCUUCACAGGGCAAAAGCUAGCCGAAAUGGGCUCGAGAUAUCACAUCUUUUAUUUGCAGAUGACAGCCUACUCUUUGCUAGGGCUAACUGA